GCGGCGCACAAUGCCUCUAGAUUGGAAGUUAAUGGUGGAGGACGUUUUAACAAUGAAAAUAAACUAAACGCGCUUCCUGAGUUGAACCACACAGGUUAAACAGAACACACCCAAAACAUUUGUUUUCGCGCGCUCAGUGGCCGCACGAUUCAAUUCUGUUUUUAAAAUAAAACAUAUAAAAUACGCGGCGGUUUUACUUUCAGCCAGCAUUUUUUAUUGUUCGCGGAAAAUUUGAAACUUUCGGCCAGUAUUUUUUAGAGCGACACUGAUUGAAGAUACAAAAAAAAAUGUGAAGCUGAGUGAAAAAUGCGAGAGGAAUUUUCGUGAAGCGUAUUUUGUGGUGAAAUUGGAUUGAUUGGUUUUAUAGUGUUUUGGUAUCUAAUAGAGAAUGGGAUCCGGCGCGUCUGUGUCCGCGCACGAGACACCAGGGGGAGAUCUGAGGCUGCCUGUCACAGGUGUCAGGUUCACUGCUAACCAGCUCAGGUCAUUGAACUCUGCUGUGGACGCUUUGUACGAGGAUGAUCAGAGAAGUCAAAUGUCAACGAAGACAGAGAGUGCGGUGGAGGCCCUCGUGCAGAGGAUAGUGGACAGCGCCGGCCAGAGGGACCCCAGGUUCAAGUGUUGCCAUCUCAUUGCUCUGCAUCGAGGGAAGCUGAUGCGGUCCCGUUCUCUAGAAUACCUGGUUACCCUGGACUCGUUAUCAGUUUUGAACGGCAAUGACGACUGCCGUCUGCAAGACGGGCCGGUGGGCUACGGCAAGAUCCACCUGGGCGGGAGAGAAGCCCAGAAGUGGGAGGAGUUUCUCACGCCAGCUGGGUACUUGUGCAGAGACAAGGUGGUGGAGCGCUGGGUGGAGCUGGUCGCGCGGUGCGCUAACGCCAAGGGCGGGGGCGGCGCGCGCGUGCUAUGCGCCCGCGCAGCUUUCGCUGCCAAGCCCUAUCACUAUUGCUACGUCGAGAGAGUAUCCACACACCAAUCUACCAACGACCGUCGUCUGGCGAUCGUGGAGGGUGCAGCCUGGGUCAUGGUGCGGGUGGGAGCCGGGGAAGCUGAAGCCAAGUUGAUACUGGGUGCCAGGGUAGAUGGCUGCAGUGCUGGCGCUUAUACCAACAGGAUACCGCUGACGCAUCCGUUGGCGUUGCUGCACUAUACCGCUGCUCAAGGGGGUUACUAUGCAGUAGCGGUAGGGCCACCAACAUCAGUGGUCUGCGCAGAGCGGGCCGCCACGUGGCAGCUGUGGCAGCCGGCGCUGGAGGCAACCCUGGACAGUCACGUGUCUCCUGUUUCCACUGCUGCGAGAAUUGCCGGGGCUUUGAAUACGUUGAUCGUGAAGAUGAGGGAAGGCUGCUAUCAGGGUUCUCUCAGGGCGUUAAGCCGUUACGCCGCAUGGUGCGCAUUCCGGCGCAGAUUAGAUCGAUGCGCCAGCGCAGCGGGAGUGUCCAAAUACUGUCUGGCAGCUCACGCCUCGCACCAUAUUCUGCUUAUUCUAGAUGAAUUAGUGGCAAUAUGUGAGCGCGGAGGAGCAGCGGGCUACGUGUACCCAGUAGACCGCGCCAGUACUGUGAGGCGAGCAGGGCGCGGCAGCGAGUGGGCUGCCGACGGCCUCUGCGUCAGGAACUGCAUCAUGGAACUGCUGAGGAGUGCAGCCUCAGAAGAAAUCCCACUAACACCGUCAGAGAACCUCGAAGCGGUUUUACUAAGUCGCUGGGAGAGUCUGAACAAAGAGUGGAAAGCAGGAGCCAGCCAGAGUUCGCGACGGCAGCUGCGUUAUCUGUGGAGGGUGGCCAGAGAGUUGAGGGCAUGUAACAACUUGCAGAUGGAAACCCAGAGUAUAUUCCGGCAGAAUCUGAUCCAAGCCACAUCGCUCCACCAGGAGGCUCUGGAAGACCUGAUCCACAUCCUAGCCGUGAUGCUCGACCAGGCUCGAGACUUGUACCUGAAUAACUUCCAGCAGAGGUCGUGGGGGGAGUUCGACAGGGAAAUGUCUACUUACCGAUCAAAGAAAUGGAACAAACUUAAAGAUUACUACGACGCAUCAUCAGCGUGUCUGAUUGACGCAGUCAGACGAGACCCUGAAGUGAGGCAGGAAGACUUGCAAGACCCCUUGAACAUCAUGAAGAUCAUCUUGAACUGGUUGUACAAGGGCGCCAAGGAAGACAAGAAGUACUUAGGACCAGUGUUAAAACCAUAUCUGGAUGGUCUUUUCAGUUCUUCGAUAGAAAAUGCUUGGUUCUUGGAGGAGUUUCAGGGGAAGAGUAAUGAGAAAGAGUUUGAAGGUCUUAAGGAGUACUGUCUGGGAGUCCAUGAUGGGAAGUUGGAACCUUGCGUGGGGUUGCUCGAGGCCGCGAAGAGACAAGCAUGGGCGAAGGCGAUUGUCGAUUUUGUGGAUAGAUUUCGUCAUGUUGAAUUCCGCCUAGUGUUCCCCACGGGUGAGGGCAUGGCGAUCUCCUUCCCCCUGAAGCUACCUUCUCGUCGGGAGCUCAGUUCAGCACGCGCCCUCACUCUCAGCCGAAGGGACAAGGCUGACGCCAAGCUAAGGUUGGCUAGGCGAUGUGUGUUGAGCGCUUUCGCCACCGCCUUGGUUGGUGACAGACGGCCAAAACUAAAUCGCAUUGCACGGCACGAGAGUAGCGACGAAAUCCUAGCCAGCGUGAAAUCUGGCAACUACUGGAGGAACACCACCAAGCCUGACGUCAUCCCGUCAACCUCCGCCCAGGAUCUUUCCAAAACAGACUUCCCUAGACUUAGACGAAGGUCUAGAAGACGGCCCGUAACCGCGUACGGCUUUCCAGAAAUUUCCAUCACGAACCAGUCAGACACGAAGACAUUGAGACGGAAAUACCACACGUUAAGGAGUCUAGUCUAUAAGGAGCCGGUUGAUAGCAUUAAGGAGAUCAGGGAAAGGCCACGGUCCGCUGGGUCUACUUUGAGGAAUAAAGACGCUUUGAGUAGACCGAGCAUCCUGGAGACUUUGGACUUUAUUAAUAGUGUGAAGGACGCGUUACAUGUCGAAGAUUCCGGAGCGUCAGAUGCAGAAGACAUUGGAUGGUCUGUGGAAGAGGAGUGGAUAGUCGGACACACGGCUCCUCUCAACCUGCUGUUCAGCUCUGGUCACCACACCUUACACCUGGCUCUGGCUGACAUAGUACCGGCUCUAUUGCAGCGAGGGAGGUUUACUAUACUACAAGAGCUGUGUUCGUGGUUCGGGGAGGCCAGUGAAGGGGCGCUGUUUGCUCUGCACCGCCUGGCUCGGGCGGCCAGAUCUAAGAGCAGCGAUAGAGCCACACACUCCUGGAGGCUCCCCGAAGCCGAUGGCAUAUCACCGGAAGUUCCACAGAAGUACCACACGAGAGCACCUGAAUACGUCUCCGGGGACGAAGCGCCCCGGCCCCCGCCGCCUCCCCCUAGGAAGUCUAGCAGGGAUAAACUGAUACCACGAACCAACACUGACUACAUGCCACCAAACAGGCUGCAGCAGCUGGAACAAGACAUCCACCGUCUCGAGACCAUUCACCAACAGCUGAACCAAUCGUACACCGGCAUCAUCAACCCGAUUUACGACAUCAAAAUACCUAAGGACAAAUUCACAGUGAAACGAUCAAAAUCCCUUGGGCGUAGUUUUAGCACUAGAAGUCUCGGGUUAGAAGUGACUAGGUAUAACGUAACGUUAGGCAGGAAAGCAGGGAAAAAGACUAAUGAUGUAGUGACAGCUAUUACGGGGAUGACAGGAGAGACGGGCUUGGAACCGAAAAGUAAUUUCUUCCAAAGGUACAGUACGGCUGAGGUGGUGGGCGAUUCUUACAGAGUGAGUAAAGUGUCCAUUGAUUGACGGUGUUUAUGUAUUACUAAGUUGAGGCAUAAGUUUUAGCGUGUGGUUUCGUCGUGAUAUUGUGGUUUUGAAGCGUUGGUUGUGUAACGGUUAAGACGCUCGCCUGUGGAUCGAGAGGUCCCAGGUUCGAAUCCAACUCGUGCCACAUGAGUUUGUAUACCAAUCUGACUCAUGUAUAGUAGUUUUCAUCGACCACCACUUGCUUCCGGUGAAAGAAACCUGCACACUGGUUGAUUAUUAACUUGUGUGUGAAAUGGAGAAGGCAAUGGCAAACCACUCCAUUAUUAAUGCCAAGAAAGUUGCUACGUGUGUUUAAUUCCACGUAAUGACCACGACCCUCAGCCAUGAGGAAUACGACUAUGAGGAAGAUUGUAGUGAUAUGAAACCAUCACAAAGACCACGACCGCGGCGACUACAAGGUCGUUGAAACAUUUUUUUUUUUUCGGAAUUUCGGAACGGCUGAAUAGAUUUUGAUCAAACAUAUCUAAGAACCAACGCAUAAAAAUUUGCUAUCACAUAAAAAAAAACGCAUCCUAAUCGGUUCACCCGUUGAUGAGCUUCAGUGCCACGUACUCAAACAGACAAACAGAUAGACAGACAGAUAGACACACAGAUAAACAGACAGAUAGACAGACAGAUAGACAGACAGAUAGACAGACAGAUAGACAGAUAGACAGACAGAUAGACAGACAGAUAGACAGACAGAUAGACAGACAGAUAGACAGACAGAUAGACAGACAGAUAGACAGACAGAUAGACAGACAGAUAGACAGACAAUUAGACAGACAGAUAGACAGACAGAUAGACAGACAGAUAGACAGACAGACACCCCUCCUUUUGCGUCGGGGGUUAAAAGGGUAAGUGCUAAGUCCCGUUAAUAUAAUUUAUAUAAUUGUGGGUUUUUAAAUUUGGAAAUAAAGCCCUAAAGGAAAGUCAGAUUAAAUAUUUCACUCUUGAUAUUUCGGACACCAAAAUCUAGGAUGCAACCGGGAAUGAAUAUGGUGCGCGAGGUUCCAAAUCAAGUUUGUAAUACCAUACGACUUUUUAUACCGUCGCUCAGUCCACAACAUCGUGUGAUAGGAGUAAAAAAAUAAGGGUAAAAUAUUUGUCAAUACGAUCGAUGUUGAUUAAACAUUAAUGAAACUAAAUUAAUAAUAAAUGAGUAAUAUGUAAGUCGACCUCGGUGGCGCAGUGGUGAAGUGCUUGCCUCUGAACCGAGGGGUCCCGGGUUCGAUUCCCGGUCGGGUCAUGUUGGAAAAUGAUCUUUUUCUGAUUGGCCCGGGUUUUAGAUGUUUAUCUAUAUAUGUAUUUGUUAUAAAAUAUAGUAUCGUUGGGUUAGUAUCCCAUAACACAAGUCUAGAACUUACUUUGGGGCUAGCUCAAUCUGUGUGAUUUGUCCUAAUAUAUUUAUAUUUAUUUAAGUUAGAAGAGAUUUCUCUUUUUAUAUAAUAUGAUUUUCUAAACCUAGAUAUAGUCAGUGCGUGGAAAUUGUAAUAAUAAAGAAAUUAACAU